GCGCGCUGCUCUUCCGGUCGAUUCAUUCCACUUUCCACUCAGGAUUUAUUCCGCUUCAGUAUUAGUUCGUUACGCUGUCAGGCGGAUUGAUCAGUAAAAUGGCCGUAACAGAGACUCGCUGUGAUCUGACUUACUGCAAGAUGCGGGGGAUCGUGUCCGUGCUCACCGCCUUCAUCAAAGAAAGGAAGAUGGGCUUAAACGACUUCAUUCAGAAGCUGGUCUCCAACCCUCACAUCUGCCAACACUCUCAAGACCAUUUCCUGAAGAUUGACGAGAACCAGAACGAGGAAAUGGGAAGAGAUGGUGACAUCAGCUCACCCCAGAUGUGCCUGACCUCCCCAAGGAGCUCGCUAGCCGAGGAGAUUCAGAUAAAACCCUGCGACUUUGACUACCUGAAGAUCAUCGGCAAGGGGAGUUUUGGAAAGGUUCUGCUGGCCAGACACAAAGAAACACAGCAGUACUAUGCUGUGAAGGUGCUCCAGAAGAAGAUCAUUCUGAAGAAGAAAGAGCAAAAGCAUAUCAUGGCUGAGCGCAGUGUUUUGCUGAAGAACAUCAAACACCCGUUCCUGGUGGGGCUUCAUUACUCCUUCCAGACCACCGACAAGCUCUACUUCGUGCUGGACUACGUCAAUGGAGGCGAGUUGUUCUACCACCUCCAGCGAGAGAGGAUUUUCCUGGAACCCAGAGCUCGGUUCUACGCUGCUGAGAUCGCCAGCGCUCUUGGCUACCUCCAUUCCCUGCAUGUCGUUUACAGAGAUCUCAAGCCGGAGAACAUCCUCCUGGACUCUCAGGGCCACAUCGUACUCACUGAUUUUGGCUUGUGCAAGGAGGGACUGGAACCCGACGGCACCACCACGACAUUCUGUGGAACUCCAGAGUAUUUGGCCCCGGAGGUCCUGCAGAAGCAAGCCUAUGACCGCACGGUGGAUUGGUGGUGCCUCGGGUCUGUCCUUUAUGAGAUGCUCUACGGAUUGCCUCCUUUCUAUAGUCGCAACACAGCCGAGAUGUACAACAACAUCCUGCACAAGUCUCUGGUGCUGAAGCCGAACGUGUCCAACGCUGGGCGCGAGCUGCUCGAGGGGCUUCUGCAGAAGGACCGCACCAAGAGGCUGGGAGUGAAGGAUGACUUUCUGGAACUCAAGAACCACAGCUUCUUCUCACCCAUCAACUGGGACGACCUGAUGGCCAGGAAGAUCACGCCUCCUUUUAUUCCCUCAGUGACGGGUCCCACUGACCUCCGGCACUUUGACCCCGAGUUCACCCACUUGCCUGUCUCCACCUCCGUGUGCAACUCCGACAACCUGUACGUGACUAGCAGCGUCCGAGAGGCGGCCGGCGCUUUCCCAGGCUUCUCAUACGGCCCUCCAGCCGACUUCGCCUUCCAGUAGUCUAUUCCAGACCCCCAGAAUCCCCACAUUUCAGACCAAAAACCUGCAACACAGGAUGCAUGCUCAGCACACAUGAGGGACCAUGAUGGAGUUCACUACGGAGGACUGACUCACUGUGGACGUCUGUGAUUGCCCAAGUGAGGUUUAUGGACCUCAAGUUAGUCAUAUCUUCACAAAAAUGGACUACACCCAUGAAGCAAGAGCAGACGCAAAAAGUGUGCCAAGUGUCUGGACGAGGAUAUUCCUUAUCGGGGAGGUUAAGAAGUGCCUGGACUUUUUAAAGAGUUGACUAUAUGACUAUAAUGGCCAGGCUUUGGAUAAAGCUCACGGCACUGAAUUAGAUGCCUUUCAGAUUUGCAUACGAUCAAACUUUGCAGAUGGAAAGUUGAAUAAAUGGUACUUUAAUGCAAUAUUGCACAUGAGGAGGAAAAAAAUACGGAAAAAAACUGUUCACAUCUGAUAGCUAGAGAUUUUCACUGUAAAAAUGGUGACUUUUUUUAAUCGGACAUGUUUAUACGUAUUACACAAACACCUACAAAUGAAAAGUUCCAAAUUCUGCAUCAGUUAAGAUAACUCCAGGGUUUACUUGGUGUUGUUUUCCCCCAAAGUAGCGAUUUCAUCUAUCUCCAAAAUCUGUUAGCUGUUAUUCAGUAGCUAUCUUGAAUCUUGUGUCUUACAAGGACUUCCUUCAUGCUUGUCUGCAAAGCCAGGACUUUUAUACUGUGAUGUGUGCUUAUGUAAUUUGCUUGUUAAUAUAAAUAUCAUUAAACCAGAAAAUUGGCUUUAUUUUAAUACCUAUAAUAACAGAAAUUUGAAAAAGAAAUCGUGUUUCAUCAUGCUCACAACAUCUGUUCUAGGUUCUCGCCUGUUUGAACAUUUUACACACACUCUGUGACCUGUGUGUGUUUUUCCAUCCCAUCACUCUCUUAUAAAACUUUCCUUCUGUGCAAUGAAAUAUGACUUUACACUGAACAACAGAUGAUUAGAAAUAUUAAUAGCUACUUCUAGACUACUUCAGACAAAAGAAAAAGUUCGACAGGCCUUUCAUAGUUUAAUAAAUGAAAAGGUGCGUUUGUUUGUACUGUUGGACCAAUCUUAACCUUCUGUAGAAACAUAACACAAGUUUAUUUUCUUCCAUAUUUGGAAGUUUAUCACUUUAUUUUGUACAUUUUCAUGUAUAUUUAUUUUACAUGGCAUUCUGUACCAUAUUGCUGAUUUUGAAUUUUUAGAAUUAUUAAUUUAACUGUGAUGUUUAUUAAAUGUUAAAUAAAUACAUUAAAUAAAACUCUUACCUGGGUGAUUAAAAGU